UCUGGUCUCCAUGGUAACGGCGGGUGGUGUGUGACGCAGAGCAGCGUCGGAGCGGAGCUGGAGACAAACUGGUUAAACUGGGAGAAUUGGAUCGAGACAGCCGGUCAGCCAUGGCAGGAACAUCGAGACACGACAGAGAGAUGGCUGUGAAGGCCAAGAAGCAGCUGUCUGAUUGUUCUGAUCCGGUGGAGAGACUCCGGCUGCAGUGUCUGACCCGCGGCUCAUCAGGGAUCAAAGGUCUGGGCAGAACCUUUAAAAUCAUGGACGACAACGAGAACCGCCUCCUGGACUUCAAGGAGUUCCUGAAGGGUUUGAACGACUACGGUCUGCUGAUCGAGAAGGACGAGGCCAGCGCCCUGUUCCAGCUCUUUGACCGGGACGGGAACGGAACCAUCGACUUUGACGAGUUCCUCAUCACUCUGAGGCCGCCAAUGUCCAAAGCCAGGAAGGAGGUGGUCAUGCAGGCGUUCCGGAAGCUGGACAGAACCGGAGACGGCGUGGUCACCGUGGACGACCUGAGGGGGGUUUACAACGCCAAGUACCACCCCAAAUAUCAGAACGGGGAGUGGACGGAGGAGCAGGUGUUCAGGACGUUCCUGGACAGCUUUGAUUCACCCUACGACAAAGAUGGAAAGGUGACCAAGGAGGAGUUUGUCAACUACUACAGUGGCGUCAGCGCCUCCAUCGACAGCGACGCCUACUUCAUCCUGAUGAUGAGGAACGCCUGGAAGCUCUGACAGCGACCUUGAUGCCAGCGGACCGGAACCAGCUCAGAACCACCUGAUGAUCAGAGGCUAUCCUCUGGAUCUGAAGCUCUGCUGGAACUUCUAGCUGCUGAUUUCUAUAGAAACCACGAGACCUUCAGUUGAUAGAUUAACUUUAUUGUGCAUAAACAGGUAAAAUGGUUAAAUAAAGGUUUGAACAGGA